AUGGUUGUAUUUAUUCAUGAAUUCGAUGUUCUCAAAGGGAACACACUAUCAUGGACUAACGGAAAUGCGGAAGCUCUAGAGGGUUUAGAAUUUACAGUGUUACCAUCGGGUAUUCACUUGAGAGAAAGGGAUACAAUUUAUUUCCAGUUCAAUGGAAAAUCUGGACUUGCAGUAUUCAGACAGAACAGUCUUGAUCUAGAUGCUUCGCAGCAUCAUAUUGAUAGGUCUCAAGUGAAAAUGUUCAGUUUUGGGACCUUAUUUGACGAAAAAAUGGACUAUGAGCAACUAUCGCUGUAUGAGAAGGGUAUGAAAACGGCUCUGGAAGAAUGGUGGGAAGAUCAUGACUACAAUGUUCUUGAGAAAUGGGAUGCUAAGCGGAACCACGAUGAAAUUUCCAGCUUCAACUUCAAUGAUACUUGCGUAGAGGUCGGGCCAAUUGUCUUACAACUUUGGCGCUGCGCAUUACUUCACAAUAGGGUGCUUGUACUUAACAAAGGCGUAGAAGUGAAGAAAUGCAAUAUGCUUUGUCAUCUGAUAACAACAAUGGGGAAAUUAGAACAAAGCGUUUACGAUAACGAGAUGACAAUUACAAUGCUAAACACUGAAAAAUACAAAAGUUCGGAGUCAUGGUGUGCAACUACUAGUGAUGAAAUUCUCAUGUAUGAGACAGACCUUUAUGACAAACUUGUGAUCUGGGAUGCUACCGGAAUACAUCUUAGAGAUCAUGACCACGAAGUUAAGUGUAAUGAAGUGGAUUUUAGCAUAUACAAAUCAUUGACAUCUGAUGACUUGAGCAAGUUCAAUUAUCAGUAUGAAUCGUCAAUCAUAUGGUCAAAAUUAAUAAUCGAUGGUCUCUUUUUGAUAUUCACCGGUAACAUGUACAAACCUUGGUAUCAUGUUGAAAUAGAGCCAGUGGAAAACCCAGACUUUUACCGUUACUUCGUAGAAAGAACACGGCGCAUAUAUUCUCAAUCAAAGACAAUAAUCGAAAACAAUCCGGAUCAAGACACUAUUUACCAAGGGGCUAGCAUUUUGACUACCUUCCAAUUGGAUUAUUUCCAUGACGCAGAAUUUCUUCGCCAACUAACUCAACAAUGGUUUGGAAAACCUAUUAUACCCAACUAUAUAGACCUAAGUUUCUUAUUUUAA